AUGGAACCUGUAGAGUACGAUGAAACCAUACACCCAGUAGUAUGGUUAAAUAAGAUUAAAUCAUGUUGUUAUAAAAAUCAAAUUACAAAAAAGGAAGAUAUUAUGGAAUUUUGUAAAUCCAUGAUUCAUCCUUCGAUUGACGUUUCUAAAUCAAAGAAAAUUAAAUCAUUAAAUGAUUUAAUCGUAUAUUUUAAUCAAAGCUUUUUAAAACGACGAAAAUUGAUUCGUUCUGGUUCAUGUAUCUCUCUAAAACAUGUCGCAACUGGAAAAUAUUUAACCAGUUGUAAUAUGCAUUAUAAAACGGGCUCUAAGGGAUCUAUUUUUAAUGUUUUUAAUGUUAAAAUUAUAUCGAUUAAGGUUUUCGCUAGCCAAACUCUAUCCAAUCUUAAUUCUUUAUGGAUCGUUUCAGAUUUUGAAAAUGAAAGCAAUCCGAUUGUUUAUGGUAAAAACAAAGUAUAUUUUCUAAAUAAAGGUGUUAACGAAAACAUAUUUAUAUCUGGGGAUUACAAAUCCCCUUCAACUGGAAAUUGGGAAGUAAGUUGUACUCGCGAAAUAUAUGAGCAUUUGAUAGAAAGUGAUUCAACAAAUAACAAUGAUACUUAUUAUAUAAAAUCGAAAGAAAUAAUAAAUAUACGUGAUAUGGAAACUAACAACUGUAUAUUACAUAGUCAUGAAUUUCCUUUUACUAUUGAUAAUGAAACAUAUCAAGAAGUUGUUGGGCAUAAAGGAAGAGUUGACAGGAAUGAUAAGGCUGAUACUAAAAGGAUCCCAAGAAAGUCUAAAAAAAGCGAUUGGGUUAUCAAGAUUGGGGAUACUAUUAUCGUUGUUACCGAGGCUAAAAGAGAGGAUAUUAAUCAGGGAGUUGGUCAAAAUGCAAUCCAGCUACAAGCUUCGUCUCAGCGUAAUAAAAAGAAACGCACAUUCAAUGAGGCUUUGCGUGAAGAUAUAAUGUAUGGUAUCGUUUCGACAGGGGUAGACUGGGUCAUAAUUAAGUUAGUCAAUACUGGCGAAUGCAAUGACAAUGAUAAUGGGAAUGUCGAGAUGAUAACUGAUUUACCACUAGGAUUGCUAUGUAUAUCAUAUGGCCGAAGGCCACAUGAUAGAGUAGCAUCCUAG